AGCUCAGACAGUCCAAAGUGAAAAUGAAGCAGAUCGUGGUUCUAAUGUGCCUGGUGGCCCUCACAGCAGCAGCUCCCCAGGGAUACAAGUACCAACCUCAGCUGCCAGCCCUUCCAAUUGGCAAUCUUCGUCCUCAGACACCCAUUUCGUCAAGUGGAAUAUACGCAGGUGGCGCCGUCCCAUCCUUCCCACAGGUCGGUGUUCAGCCUGCGAUCGGUGUCCAGGCUCAGCAGCCAGCCAUUCAAGCCGUGCAGACCGUCGUUGCCGCUCCUGCUCCCGCUCCCGCUCCCGUUCCGUUGUCGAUCUCUCUCCCAAAGCAGACUUUCCUUACUGCUCCGCCCCAGCAAAACCUGAUCAGCACUGUGCAGCAGCAGCCUCAGCAGAUCGUGUACCAGCAGCAGCCGCAGCAAGCCCUGCAGACCCAGUUCGUCCAGCGCCCCGCUAUCGUUACCAAGGACAUUUACAUCCACUCCGCCCCCGAGGAGAAUGAGGAACUGCGACAGGACGAGCCACUGCUGGAGAAUGUGCCCAUCCGCAAGAACUACCGGAUCGUCUUCAUCAAAGCGCCGUCCCAGAAUCUGAAAUAUACCGCCGCGGCCCUGAAGCGAGCCCAGUCAAGCAACGAGGAGAAGACCGUCAUCUACGUGCUCUCCAAAAAGCCCGAUCUCACUGAGAUCCAGCAGCAGCUGCAGGUUACCCAGACUGAGGCCAAGGUUCAAAAGCCAGAGGUAUACUUCAUUAAGUACAAGACCCAGGAAGAGGCCCAGCGCGCCCAGCAGGAGAUCCAGGCCCAGUACGACGCCUUGGGAGGCGCCACUCACAUCUCGGACGAGGGAGUGGCUCCCAUCGCCAGCGUUUCGAGUGGCUCCCUUAACCUGGGCAGCUUUGCGCCCCAGCACUCGCAGGCUGGCCAAACCAUCAUCCAGUCUCAGGCGCCAACCAUUCUCCAGCCACAGGGUCAGCCCAUUGUUCAGCUGCAGUCCAUUAACCAGGGGGUCCAGGGCGUCCAGCAGCAGAGCUCCUUUGUGCAGCAGUCCACCUCCUCGUUCGCUCCCUCGCUGCCAUCAAGGAAGUAUGUGCCGGCAAAGACUUUCUAAUAAGUUGUACGAAUCCCACGCAUUCAUUCUUUUAUAUCAACCAUCAUACUGUAGUCAAUUUUAAUUUAUUUUUAAUGCAAAAGUCAAAAGUCGAAAGAAAUAUACAAAAUUUAAAUCGAAACCCAA